AUGUACACCCCAACCCUCCUCCUCCUCGCAACCGCCCUCCUAGCCAGCGCCUCCCCGACAGGCACCCUACCCCCCGCGGCCCCCAUCUGCGGCACCUGCAACCCGCUCUCCGGCCAGAACAACUGCGACGUGACCACCUCGUGCAUCAACACGGGCACGCGCUUUCACUGCGCCUGCCGCGCGGGCUACAAGGCCUCGCCCGCCAACACCGACGUCACCAAGCAGUUCCGGCUGCCCUUCCCCAACUACCAGUUCCUGGUGUUUGUCCCCGAGUUCACCCAGUGCAAUACCCUGUGCGAUAAUCCGUACGGCGCCAGUCCGCAGCUUUGUGCGGAGGUGCCGGUGCAGAGUUCUUGUCCUGUUUAG